AUGCUGGAGCAAUGUUCAAAUCAGAGCGAAUACGCUUUCUACAUGCGUGGCGUAAUCGCUCGCAUCGAAGGUGAACUUGAAGAAGCCCUGUCGUGGUUCAACAAAGCGCUCGCAAUUUCCGCGAAUGCGCCCACUUACCUGGUGAAUAUUGGACGGGUUUAUUUCCUCAUGGGAAAUCAUACGCUUGCCGUGGAGUAUCUGGAGAAAGCUGUGAAAGCGAACCCUAAUGAUUCG